UGCGGGGCGGGCGGGGCCGCGGGACCGAUCCGGGGCCGGAGCCGGGACCGGGUCCGCAGCCGGAGCCUCCCGGCCCGGUCAGCGGCUGAGCGAGGAGCGGGAGCGGCGGGGUCCUGAGGAGCAGCGUUGGUCCCCUUCUGAUGGGAGAAUGGUUGUUCUCAGGCAGUUUGGGCUGCUGCUCUGGAAGAACUACAUCCUGCAGAAGCGACAGAUCCUGGUGACGCUGAUUGAGCUCUGCUUGCCGCUGCUGUUCGCCGCCAUCCUGAUCGCCCUGCGGCACCGAGUGCACUCUGUCAGCCACCCCAACGGCACCAGCUACCCGCCCCAGGCCCUGGAUGAUCUCCCAGGCUUCUUCUACCGCCGCCCCCCCGGCAAUCCCUGGGAGCUGGCUUAUGUCCCGUCCAACAGCAGCGCCGUCAGGAGCAUCGCCGAGGCGGUGGAGAGGGCUUUGCCCAUCAACAUCCGAGCUCAGGGCUUCGCCUCGGAGCGGGACUUUGAGGAGUACGUCAGGACAGACAACCGCUCGGGCAGCGUGCUGGCGGCCGUCGUCUUCAGGCACCACUUCCAGCAGAGCUCAGCCCCUCUGCCCCUCCAGGUUGACUAUGAGCUACGCUUCAAGUACAGCCCCAGGAACGCACCCCGGAGCGAGCAGACAGGGCUGAACCCCAACCUGGACCGGGACUGGCACACCAGCUACCUCUUCCCCCUCUUCCAGCUGCCUGGGCCCAGAGAGGCCAAGUUUGCAGAUGGGGGGACACCAGGCUACAUCCGAGAGGGCUUCCUGGCGGUGCAGCACGCUGUGGACAGAGCCAUCGUGCAGUACCACGCCGGUGCCAGCCGCGCCAGCCUGCUGAGCAACAUCACCGUGCUGGUGCAGCGCUUCCCAUACCCGGCCUACGUCAACGACCUCUUCCUGCUGGCCAUCCAGAACCAGCUGCCCCUGCUGCUCAUGCUCAGCUUCACCUACACCUCCCUCAACAUCGUCCGCGCCGUGGUGCACGAGAAGGAGAAGAAGCUGAAGGAGUACAUGCACAUGAUGGGCCUCAGCAACUGGCUGCACUGGAGCGCCUGGUUCCUGAUGUUCUUCCUCUUCCUCCUGGUGUCUGUGUUUUUCGUCACCCUGCUCUUCUGUGUCAAGGUGAGUGAGCAGGGAGCAGUGCUCACCAACAGUGACCCCACACUGGUCUUCACCUUCCUCACCAUCUUCUCCAUCUCCUCCAUCUCCUUCAACUUCAUGGUGAGCACCUUCUUCUCCAGAGCAAACGUGGCAGCUGCUGCUGGUGGCUUCCUCUACUUCUUCUCCUACAUCCCUUACUUCUUCAUCUCGCCACGCUACGACCUGAUGUCCCACAGCCAGAAGCUGGCCUCUUGCCUCAUCUCCAACGUGGCCAUGGCCAUGGGGGCACAGCUGAUAGGCAUGUUUGAAGGAAAAGGGACUGGCAUCCAGUGGAGGGACCUGAUGAAGCCCAUCAGCGUGGAUGACAACUUCACCCUGGCCCAGGUGCUGGGGAUGCUGCUGCUGGACUCGGUGCUGUACGGGGUGGUGACCUGGUACGUGGAGGCUGUGUUCCCGGGGGAGUACGGAGUGCCUCAGCCCUGCUACUUCUUCCUGACGCCCUCGUACUGGUGUGGACGCCCCAGGACUGUUGUGGGGAAAGAGAAGGAAGAGGAGGAGGACCCUGAGAAAGCUCUGAAAAGCCAAUACAUUGAGGAGGAACCUGCAGACCUGGUGUCAGGGAUCAAAAUCAAGCACCUUUCCAAGGUCUUCAAAGUGGGCAACAAGACAAAAGAGGCAGUCAAGGACCUGACAGUGAACAUGUACGAGGGGCAGAUCACCGUCCUGCUGGGCCACAACGGUGCUGGGAAGACCACCACUCUCUCCAUGCUUACAGGGCUGCACUCCCCGAGCAGCGGCCAAGCCUACAUCAACGGCUACGAGAUCUCGCGGGACAUGGUCCUGAUCCGCCACAGCCUGGGCCUCUGCCCCCAGCACGAUGUCCUCUUCGACAACAUGACGGUGGAAGAGCAUCUCCACUUCUAUGCAGGGCUGAAGGGAUACCCAGCCUCCAAGUGCCCCGAGGAGAUCAACCACAUCCUAAGGAUCCUCAACCUGGAGGACAAGCGCCGCUCCCUGACCAAGGCCCUCUCUGGUGGCAUGAAGCGCAAGCUCUCCAUUGGCAUUGCUCUCAUAGGGGACUCCAAGGUGGUGAUGCUGGAUGAGCCAACGUCAGGGAUGGACCCAGCCUCCCGCAGGGCCACCUGGGACCUGCUGCAGCAGCAGAGGAGCCACCGAACCAUCCUGCUGACCACGCACUUCAUGGACGAGGCCGACCUGCUGGGCGACCGCAUCGCCAUCAUGGCCAAGGGCGAGCUGCAGUGCUGCGGCUCCUCGCUCUUCCUCAAGCGCAAGUACGGGGCAGGCUACCAUAUGGUGAUGGUGAAGGAGCCCUACUGUAACCUGGGGGAGAUCUCUCGCCUCAUCUGUCACUACGUGCCCAAUGCCACCAUGGAGAGCAAUGCAGGGGCAGAGCUCUCCUUCAUCCUGCCCAAGGAGAGCACUCACAGGUUCGAGGCCCUGUUCACAGAGCUGGAGCAGAGGCGCGAGGAGCUGGGCAUCGCCAGCUAUGGAGCCUCGGUCACCACCAUGGAGGAAGUCUUCCUGAGGGUUGGGAAGCUGGUGGACUCCAGCAUGGAUAUCCAGGCCAUCCAGCUGCCUGCUCUCCAGUACCAGCACGAGAGGCGCUCCAAUGACUGGGCCAUGGAUGACUCCAGCAGCCUGAGUGGCAUGACAGAUAUGACAGAUGACAGUGGGGCACUCAUCACAGAGGACUGUUCCAGCAUCAAGCUCAACACCGGGUUCUACCUGUGCUGCCAGCAGUUCUACGCCAUGUUCAUGAAGCGAGCCAUGUACAGCUGGCGCAACUGGAAGAUGGUGGCGGCGCAGUUCCUCGUGCCUCUCAUCUUCACCGCCUUUGCCCUCAUCGUGGCCAAGACCUUCCCAGGCCCCAGGGACUCCUCCCGGCUGCGGCUGACCCUGGAGCCCUACGGCCAGACCGUUGUGCCUUUCUCCGCCUUGGCUGCCUCGGGGCUGGUGCAGGAGCUGGCGGAGCAGUACGAGGAGCUGCUGGGCGCCCAGCGCCAGUCGCCGCUGGAGGUGCUGGGUGGGCUGGAGGAGUACCUCAUCUCCAGAGCUUCCAAGGAAGGGGGAGCCUUCAACGAGCACUACAUCGCCGCCGCCUCCUUCCGGGGGGGUGCCAACCGCACGGUGGUCACUGCGCUCUUCAACAACCAGGCCUACCACUCCCCUGCCACGGCCCUCAUGCUGGCUGACAACGCUGUCCUGAGGGCACUGGUGGGCCCCAACGCCUCCAUCACCGUCACCAACUACCCUCAGCCCCGCAACAUCACCGAGAAGGCCAAGGACCAGCUGAUGGAAGGCCAGACUGGCUUUGCCAUCGCCAUCAACCUGCUCUACGGCAUGGCCUCGCUCGCCAGCACCUUCGCGCUGCUGCUGGUCGGUGAGAGAGCCACCAAGGCCAAGCACGUCCAGUUCGUCAGUGGGGUCUACGUGGCCAACUUCUGGCUCUCUGCCCUGCUCUGGGACAUCAUCAACUUCCUCAUCCCUUGUGCUCUCAUGCUGGUGAUAUUCCAAGCCUUUGACGUCCAGGCCUUCACCCAAGACAGCCACCUGGUUGACGUGAUGCUGAUCUUCCUCCUUUAUGGUUGGGCCAUCAUCCCCCUCAUGUACCUCCUCAGCUUCUUCUUCUCGGUGGCAGCCACAGCCUACACCCGCCUCACCAUCUUCAACAUCCUCUCGGGCACUGCCACCUUCCUCGCCGUCACCAUCAUGAGCAUCCCAGAGCUGGGCUUGGUGGACCUCUCCAAAACCUUGGAUAAGGUCUUCCUUGUCUUACCCAACUACUGCUUGGGCCAAUGCAUCAGUGACUUCUACCAGAACUAUGAGUUCAUUCAGUUCUGUACCUCCUCCGUUGAAGCCAUCUUCAUCUGCAAGGCUUUCAAUAUCAGUUAUCAGAUGAACUACUUCUCCUGGGAGACGCCUGGGAUCGGGUGCUACCUGACCUCCUUGACCAUCCAGGGCUUCUGCUUCCUCUUCCUCCUUUUCCUCAUUGAGACAAACCUGCUCUGGAGACUGAGAACUUUGGUCUGUGGCAUCUGCAGGCGGCGGAAAUGGGUGGCACUGCUGAACAGGGUGUCUGUGCUGCCAGAGGACCGGGACGUGGCAGAUGAGAGGAAGAAGGUUUUGGAGUCACCCCCUGAACUGCUGUCAUCUCUCAGCAGCCCUCUGGUCAUCAAGGAGCUCACCAAGGUGUACGACAGCAGGGAGUCCCUGCUGGCAGUGGACAGGAUCUCCUUGGCAGUGAGCAAAGGGGAAUGCUUUGGCCUCCUUGGCUUCAACGGAGCAGGCAAAACCACCACCUUCAAGAUGCUGACCGGUGACGAAAGCAUCACCUCAGGGGACGCCUUUGUGGAUGGCCACAGCAUCCUGGCCAACAUCAAGAAGGUGCAGCAGCGGAUCGGGUACUGCCCGCAGUUCGAUGCCCUGCUGGAGCACAUGACGGGCCGGGAGACGCUGAGCAUGUACGCGCGGCUGCGCGGCAUCCCCGAGCGCUACAGCGGCAGCUGCGUGGAGAACAUGCUGAGGGGGCUGCUGCUGGAGCCCCACGCCGACAAGCUGGUCAGGACCUACAGUGGUGGGAACAAGCGGAAGCUGAGCGCUGGCAUUGCCCUCAUUGGUGGUCCCCCUGUGAUCUUCCUGGAUGAGCCCUCCACUGGCAUGGACCCUGUGGCCCGGCGUUUGCUCUGGGACGCAGUGACACGGACGCGGGAGUGUGGCAAAUCCAUCAUCUUCACCUCCCACAGCAUGGAGGAGUGCGAGGCCCUGUGCACACGGCUGGCCAUCAUGGUGAACGGGCAGUUCAAGUGCCUGGGCAGCCCCCAGCACCUCAAAAGCAAGUUUGGCAGUGGCUACACCUUGCUGGCCAAGACACGGAGCGAGGAGGAGGGAGAGCUGCAGGCCUUCAAGGCCUUUGUGGAGAAGACUUUCCCAGGCAGUGUCCUGAAACACGAGCACCAGGGCAUGGUGCAUUAUCACUUGACCAACAAGAACCUCAGCUGGGCACAGGUCUUUGGGGCCUUGGAGAAAGCCAAAGAGAAGUACCACUUGGAAGACUACUCGGUGAGCCAGAUCUCCCUGGAGCAGGUCUUCAUGAGCUUCACUCGCUUCCAGCACUACACAGAGGACAGGGGGAAGUGAGCAGGAGCCCCAGCUGGUGGCCCUCCAUCACAGACUGGCCCUGCCACCUAUACAUAGUAUCUAUAGAGACAGUAAUUUAUAUAUCAGCGUGUCUUCAGUCAUGUAUCAACGUGUAAGGACCUGCUCACCAGGGAGGGGACAGAGGAUGGCCACCGACCUGCCACCGUCAGGGGCACACGGUGCUGUGCAGCCCUCCGGGCACCUCCGCCCUUCAGCCUUCAUCCCAUCCAUACAGCAAAAAAACCAAACAACCCCACCCCAAACAGCCCCCCCAAAAAAGGGAGAAGCCUGGAUGGGUGGUGGGGGUGGGUUGGCAUCAUGCCCCCUCAUCCCUGCACCCGUUGGGACAGUGCUGCAUGCUUGCUGUUGUCCCCUCUGUGGAUGUGUUGGGUGGUUCAGUGCUGUUUAGCAGGAGGCUGCCAGAUGGCUCAGAGCCAGACUCUUUGCUGCUGAUUGUGCCUAGCUGGAGGGCACAAGAAAGCUUCCCUCCUGUCCCUGGCACAGAGGAGGCUCCAGCCCCUUUAACCGCUCCCGAAACAUUGUUCCCUCUGCCUCCCUGCCUGCAGAGCUGGCACCAGCCCCAGCAGGGCAGAGGGAGCUGGCACUGGUGAGAGGAAGGACAUGUUCAUGGAGAAGUGCCCAGAGCUCAGCCCCAUGGUACAGCAUGUGAUGAGCACAGGGGACAGCCAGCACGGGGCUGGAGGCAGUGGCGUGGGGAGAGGUGGUACAAGGUGCUGGGGACACUGCUGAGAUGGGCAAGAAGUGUGGCACGGUGCCAGGGGGCACUGCUGGGAUCAGACAGAUGGGUGAGAGGCAUCACAGCAUGCUUGGGACUGCAGACAGGAUAGGUGAGAGAUAUGAGAGGGGGCCUGGGGUCACUGACAGGCACAGUGGGAUAGGUGAGAGGUAUCACAGCAUGCUUGGGACUGCAGAUGGGAUGGGCGAGAGGGAUUGGAGAGGGCUUGAGCCCGCAGACGGGCACAGUGUGAUGGGUCAGAGGUGCUUGGGACUGCCAGUGGGAUGGGUAAGAGGUAUCAGAGAGGGAUUGAGGCCACAGCCAGGCACAGUGGGAUGGGUGAGAGGUGUUGCAGGGUGCUUAGGACCACUGCUGGCCUCACCGUUAGGGGCAUGAUAAGUUCACCCAGCAGCUGUGCAGUGACAGGACCAGAUCUGAAGGCCAGAGGUACUCUCCCCUUACACUCCACACUGCUCUGAGCAGAGCACACCAAUCUCAUGUGUGUGUCCCAUCCUUGUGCCCAUCCCCUCCACACCACACUGGGCUGCUCCAGCAGCAGGCAGGAGCCAAGGCAGGGUCUUGCCCUGGGCCCAGCUGCACAGCAUGUUAAGGACCAUCCGGGCCCAUGCCUACCUGGAGGUACCAACUGGGACUCUUUUAUGAUGGUGCUCCCCAGUGGCUGUGUUGGUUCUGGAGUCUUUUGGGUGGUGGUGGUGGUUCUUUUUUGUUCCUUUGUUUUAAAUCCAUGUCGAUUCUUGUCUGUCCUGAACUGGUCCCUGUAUCACCUGGGGCAGUCCCCUGGGGGCUGGCUGCCCUGUGAUCAAUGCAGAGCAAUUUGCACUAUAGUCAAACACAUAAUUGCACAUAAAAUUAAUUACUAUUUAUGGGGAGGGUUGCUGGAUCCCUCCCAGUGAUUUGCAAUGGCAGGGGUUGGGUGAUUUUUUUUGGGGGGGGGUGGGGAGGUUUCGUUUGUUCCUGUGACUGAUUCAUCCUUUCCUGAUCCAGUUUUUCUUCCCCCUCCCUUCCCCCCAGCCUUUGCCUCAUGUUGUUGUUCAGAACGAUGGUGCAGCACGUUACUAAGAACUGCCCUGGAUCCUAA